AUAAGACAGGACCUGAAGGCCAAUGGGAUCCGAGUCUACCCUCAGACGGAGUACGACGAAGAUCCAGAGGACAGGAUACUCAACGACAAGAUCAGGGAAAACAUUCCGUUUGCGGUGGUGGGGACAGACAAGGAGCACCAGGUAAACGGGAACAAGGUCCUGGGCAGGAAAACCAAAUGGGGCAUCAUAGAGGUUGAAAACGUGGCACAUUGUGAGUUUACCAACUUGAGAGAUCUGCUGAUUAGGUCCCACCUGCAGGACCUGAAGGACGUGACCCACAACAUCCACUAUGAGACAUUCCGCGUCAGGAGGCUGAACGAGAGUAACCUGACCGUCCACGGUCUGGCCCUGUCCUGCUUUCCAAUGGAGAACGGGACCCACGGAACCAAUGGAACCAAUGGAGCCUCGGACAGGAGCGAAUCAGAGAGCCACCUCUGAGGGGGAUCACAGAGUGUGUCGCACACAGCAGCAGCUCCAGCUUCCUGCUCACAGCUUCCUGUUUCCUGUUUUGACUGCAAAAUUGUUGGUCGACUGUUUCCCCCAAUCGGAACACGAGAAAGAGAGCGAAAGAAAGAAAGAGGAACUUUUUUUUUAAACAAAGGAGAGAUGUU